CAUGCAUGUGCGCAGUCACCGGCACCCCUUUCUCCCUGAUUUCCUUUUGAGUUUCUUCUGCUCUUGGAAUGUUCCGUUCUCUUCAGAGAACAGAGACAGCGCUUGUACAAGUUGCGCCUGCACAAGGCGCUAGAAACGUGCAAAAAGGAAAUCUUUUCCGAAAGCGACAUACAAGUUUUGAUACAGGCGCAGGUGCCUGAAUGUUAAUUACACUACUUCGGGGUGCGCAACUUACAAUCACACGCAGCCGCAGUACCUCGAGAGCGCCGCAGUAUUCCCCCUUGCAUUUGCGAACUCACCCAACAACCUUUGACAUCUUUACUUGUACUACCACUAGUCCUCAAUGAUCAUCCCAGAGAAGCAGCUCCAGGAUGAGUCUGCCGAGGUGGAAGAGGCCGGGAGAGAUCAACCAGAGGCGGCGAACAACGCCAUGGAUGAUGCACCACCUCCAGCAUAUUCAACACACGUGCAGCACACAUCAAGCUCAAGUUCCACCGAGUUUCAGCCUCCUUCCAAGCCUACCAAUUUUCUUUCACUUGUACUCAAGGAUAAACCUAUACGAGGCUGUUAUGUGAUCAACCCUCAGAUGGAAAUACCCCCCAGUCUGCUUCCUCAACUGAAUACAGGAGAAACAGAUCAGGAAAGGAAAAAUCUGUACCUCCGCACAAAGGACGGGAGUAUCGAUGCAGAUAUUUGGUUGAUCGGUCAAGAGGAAGCUACUCCUAGGAGUGGUAGGCGCACUACGCUCUCGCUAAGUUCCGCCGACGGAAGCAUCACGGCCAAGAUUAAUACAGUCAAGGUCGUUGCACCAUUCCUGUUGGACAUCUAUUCACGCGAUGGACGAGUAACCGUCCUUCUACCUCGGUCAUUCCACGGUUCGCUUCUCCUGAAAACCAGGCAAAGUACAAAGCUUUCCGACGACCUUUUAAAACAGAGCACCAUGUUAAGCACUGUUGAGCAUACACGGCGGUAUUUCGUCGGAGACGUUUCGCAUCGAUUGUUGGGCAACGAUUGGGACGGGGACGAGCUCAAGGUUGUGUCUCGGGACGGCAGGAUUAUAAUCAGAUAUAAAGAUGAGGCAGAGCUACCGAAAAUUGGAUUCUUCAGUCGAAUAUUCAGCAGCUAGAUGACGUAUACGAAUACUUAUAGGGGUCAGUGAUUACGAUUCAAAUUGGAUGGCACAGGCCGCGGCUUGUGGCGGCUGACCGUUGUGAUCACGGAACUGCCUCGGAGGAAUCUCCCCACGCACGGUGGCAGAUAA